UUUGUUCGUCUCUGGACAAACCAAGUACUACACUUUGGGAAUACAACAACUUGUAGAGUGGAAAGCGCGCACGCCGCAUUGAAACAAUGGCUUAACACAUCCACCGGCUCAUUUGAUACUCUUUUUAUUUCGAUACAUGAGGAGACUGGAUCUACAAAUACACAAAUCAG